GCAAGACGUGCCACAAACUCAUCAAGCUGAGAAAUGGCUUCAUGAUUCACUGCGCAUCCAAGUUCUAGAGAGACACUGAAAGACGAGUCACAUUACGACGUUAGGCAUCCUGACUAUCGGCCAGUUCACAGCCUCGACGGACGAAAAGGUGGUACUUGUGCCCCUCCUUUCAUCAUGCGAUGAGCAACUCAAACGACUCAGCACCGAAUGGUGCCUCAAAGCCAACCUUCACAAUCGGGACGACAUUGCCCAGCGAUGCCACCGAUGAAUUAUGUCCCAGGCUAGGCACGCUCCAGUUGCCUGGCCGACGCACAAUAGAGACGCCCAACUUCACAGCUGUCACGUCCAGAGGAGUCAUCCCCCAUCUGACACCCGAGGUCGUGUCAAAAUACACUUCCUUCAGCUCUGCAUAUAUAGCUCUCGAGGACUUUCUUGAGAAAAAGGACCAUGCCAUCCUGAAGAUGCCAACCACCGACAGGCCUCUGCACGCCUUCACCUCGUUUCCCGCACACAUCCCUACCAUUGUCGCCGCGCGGCGCUGUCCAUCUGUCCUGGCACCUGCGGGAAACACGGCUAAGAACAUAUCCAUCUUCACCUCCACCGGCUUCAGCACAAUCACCGUUCCCAAAUUCGCGGCCACCGUGGCCCACAUACGGCCAGACAUUGUCAUUGCUCUGGCCGAUCUGCUGCACAUCAGUCUGGAUCCGUCCCUCAAAAAGAAGAUCCGCAUGGCCGACCGCACAGAGUCGUGGAUGGACGAGUUCCUGGAGCUGGUGAAUGCGGACGUCAGAGAGAGCGCAGGGAUCAAGGUGUUUGCCCCCAUUCUCCCCAUUGACCACACGACGCAAUGGGCGUAUAUCAAUCACCUCAACGAGGAUCUGUCGGGAGAUCUGGCCGGUCUCGCCAUAUACGACGUCAAUAUUCUACCAGACCUCCAGUUGUACAAGAACCUAACCAGUCUACCAAAGCUGUCGCUUGAUCUCCCCAAAACGCCACAUGAUGUGCUACGGCAGGUGGCACUUGGCGUGGACCUCGUUCUGGCUUCCUUUGUCAACGUCAUCUCAGAUGCCGGCAUUGCGUUCUCCUUCACCCUGCCCACGGAUGGGGAUAUCUCUAUGGAUGGCGACAUUGGAGCCAUAAUGCCGCUGGGUAUUGACAUGAGUGAGACUGCCCACGCCACCAGUCUGGAACCUCUCUUGGCGGAUUGCGCAUGCUAUACGUGCACAAAGCAUCACAGAGCCUACGUCAACCACCUUCUCCACGCAAAGGAGAUGCUGGGGUGGAACCUGUUGCAAAUACAUAAUCACCACGUUCUCAGCGUCUUCUUCUCCUCGAUACGCGCGGCCAUCGGUCGGGGUACCUUUGAAGCGGCACGAGAGGCUUUCGGCAGAGCCUGGGAUGUCGACUUUCCGCAGGGCAUGGGGGAACGACCGAGGGCGAGGGGCUAUCACUUUAAAAGUGAAGUUUCUCAGGAAAAGUACAACAAGCCGGGGUGGAAGGGCUUGGAAUCUGGCCAGGGGGUGAUGGCGGAUGUCUAGAACACAGGACUGUGUCAUGGGUAUCACCGGUUACUCAUCCUGACGUGAACCUUGAUUUGGAAACGGCUGAAGCGUCUUUGUAUUAGGUACAUUCCCCCUUAUAGAAACCUAAUCGCUCUUAGUCUGCUCCUUUUGGCCGUACCCCAGAUUGACCAUCAAGGUGAUCACCGGUGCAUGUCGAAUGCAAGGCACAUAUACAGAGCGAUGUACCAUAUCGUGCAAGUACACGCGGU